UUGCGUUUGGAUCUUGAAGCUUCUCGGUAUUGAUGCAAUGUUUGAUAUGGUUGAUCGAAUAAAAUGCGGUUAUGACAGGUAGUCUAUAUAUGCUCGAAGUCUGCGCGAUGACAUUAUUGCAAACACUCCAAAUAUCUCCAGCAGAUUACUUCUUUUAUCGCCUUUUAGACUAUCCUUUAUUGCCUUUAUUUUUGCCGUCUGUGGUAGAACUAUUUUUCUUCUGCAACUUUAAUCCUCACGUGGAUUUAUGAUGGCGUCCCGAAUCGAUCUAGUCAAGGAAGAACUUGGCGCAGGCUGCAUUGUAAAUCUACACAGAGAUGGCGUCAGAAAUGUGUGUGUAGGUAUUUGUUCGAAAGAUUGUUGCCUGAUGUUCUGUAAACAGUGUCUGGAUGGCUGUGUCGAUACUGCGAAAUACUGCAAAUUGGAUUCGGGUUCUUAUGGGCACCCAGUUUUGGUGUUAGGUGUAAGGGUUGAAGAAGAUAGUACCUAUGUCACUUUUGUCAUUGUGAGUAUGAGGGACGCAUAUUUGAUCGAUAUUGCAUGCACUAACUCAAGGAUAUAGAUUUCAGCGCUAGGAAACGACUUCCCAAACUUCAAGACAUUCUUACAAAAACGCGCUUGUCACCUUGGCGAUCCUGACCUACUGACCCCUUGCUCUUUUGGCCCCAAACAUCUCUGGAAAGAUGAAGAGAAGAGGUAUCAGCUAGAUUACGCGGUGGAACCUAGUGGGGUGAACUUCACAAAGCGUUGUUAUCUCUUACUUCCGCACAGAUAUACUCUCAAAAUCGAUUGUUUUGCUACAUUCCGCCCUAAGAAGCAUCAAGAUAAUCGUAUCACUGAACACGCUUACGCUUUGCGCUUCACCGAAACUUCUUACAAUAAGGUUAUGGAAAAAAUGGGGCUAGCAAAAGACAACUUUGUCUCGACCGAUGAUUUGAAAAACAGAAAAGGGGGUGCUACAGGAACAAGAGCCGAACUCUCUGAACCCACGUCGACUCCUGGCUCUAAAUCAUUACCUUUGUUUGAUUACGACAAGCGCCUUCGUACACCAACACAUUCCGCACUAGCUAAAAGGCGUUAGCUUGCUAAUGUUACAGAAUAGCCUAGCAUCUACUCCUGGUUCUAAAUCUACUGUCAGUAUCAUACCCGCACUUAGAUUCUGAUACGGCCUACUUCAGAUCUAGGAGCCACUGAUGCUCUGAUAAAGUCUGUCAUGGCGGAAAUGAUUCAUCAUGCAACCGAGUAUUUGAGCUCAGCGGUCGGUCCUCUCAAUGACGCAUC